GUAAACAACGUUAGCUCGCAAACGGUAAUACAAGCAAACACUUCCUACACAAGAAGAAAAAUCAUAUAGCCAUGGCCAAAAAGGAGGAGCUCCUUAUGGAAGGGCCCAAGCGGUUAAACCGCGAGUUGGCCCUGAUGCUGGAGGACAAGCAGAACCUGCAGUUCCGCAACCUGAUGGUGGAGCCGAACAACAUCUUCAAGUGGACCGGUCUGCUGAUGCCGGUGGCCCCGCCCUACGACAAGGGCGCCUACAAGAUGGAGAUCGACUUUCCGCUGGACUAUCCGUUCAAGCCGCCCCGCAUCCACAUAAACACGAGGAUGUACCACCUGAACGUGAAUGAGCGCGGUCAGCUGUGCGUGCCGAUCCUGGAGAUCGAGCACUGGAUUCCCACCACGCGAAUCGAUCAGGUCCUGCAGGUCCUGCUGGCCACCAUCAAUGAUCCGCAGCCGGAGAACGCCUGGCACAUGGAGAUGGCCGGCGAGUACCACAACGAUCCGGUGCGCUUCUUCAAGAUGGCCGAUGCCUGGGUGGAGAAGUACAGUGAACACCGGCCCACCGAAGAGGAGCUGGCAAAGUUCGCCCGCAAGCGCAAGAAAAUGAUGUCGAAGGAUUAGGUGAUAAGGUUAUCUUGGGGACUGCCUAUAGCAUUCUUAAAGACUAUAUGUUUUGGAUGAUGUAAACUAAAUGAGUAAAAGUAAUGUGCCGCCAGAAAGUAACCUUUCAUAUGCAUUUAAAUUAUAGGUAUUCAAAA